CGGGCAGCGGUGAUUCUCGGCGGCGGCGAGGGAGUCGGCCGGCCCAGGGCUCCUGCGUCUCCACCUGUUUCUCCGUGCUGUGGAAGGAAGUGAAUGAUGUAACCGGGUGUACAGGACGCUCCACAAGGUCUCUUAGACCGCAUCUCGUUUCAGAGCCACUUCUGAAGCUACUUGGAAAAAAUGAUGUGACAGUUCCUGUCCAAAAAGAUUUCUCAGAAGCAUAUAACAUCUGUGAAGAAAGUGGCCCUUUUUCUCUUUUGCAAAGUAAGAUAUUCCAAAAUUUCAAAAUGCCAGCCAAGACCCCAAUCUAUCUGAAAGCUGCUAACAACAAGAAAGGAAAGAAAUUUAAACUGAGGGACAUUUUGUCUCCUGAUAUGAUUAGCCCACCCCUUGGGGACUUUCGCCACACCAUUCACAUCGGCAAAGAGGGCCAGCACGACGUCUUUGGAGAUAUAUCCUUCCUUCAAGGGAACUAUGAGUUAUUGCCCGGAAACCAGGAGAAAACUCGCUUGGGCCAGUUCCCCGGGCAUAACGAGUUCUUCCGAGCCAAUAGCACCUCAGACUCCAUGUUCACAGAAACACCCUCCCCAGUGCUCAAAAAUGCCAUCUCCCUCCCGACCAUUGGAGGGUCCCAAGCCCUCAUGUUGCCCUUAUUGUCACCGGUGACGUUUAGCUCCAAACAGGAGUCCUUUGGGCCGCCAAAGCUGCCCAGGCUCAGCUGUGAGCCUGUCAUAGAGGAAAAAGCUCAGGAGAAAAGCAGCCUGUUGGAAAACGGGACCAUCCACCAGGGCGACACCUCGUGGGGCUCCAGUGGUUCAGCAUCUCAGUCCAGCCAGGGCAGGGACAGCCACGCUUCCAGCUUGUCCGAACAGUACGCCGACUGGCCAGCUGAGGACAUGUUUGACCAGCCUGCCCCAUGCGCGCUCGUGAAGGGAAAGACUAAAUCGGAGGAGUCCCUCUCUGACCUUACAGGCUCUCUCCUCUCCCUGCAGCUGGAUCUUGGGCCCUCACUUUUGGAUGAGGUGCUGAAUGUCAUGGAUAAAAAUAAGUAACAGGAUGCUCUUUCUCAUUUGGGACAAAAGGUACAAAAAGGAAAAAAAACUGUCAACUAACCGCAGUUGAAGAGAAGAGCUUCCUUGUCUGUUUUUUUGCAAUCAUAUGUUGCAUUUUCUAAAAUAAUAUUCCUAUUCCUACAAAAUAUUUUUUUAACUGUUUGCAAAAAUAAUUUCGAAAAAAAUAACAACAAAAAUCCUGUCCUUGCAAAAAGAGGAAGAGAGUCAGAGCCUAUUUUCAGCAGGCACUGCUGAUGUUCAGCUCACGUUUUCUUGUUUGCAGGAGUGUAAGAAAUCCAGCCUGGCCAGGAUUGGCACCGGCCAGGAAGGGCUAGAUGAGUCCUGCUAAGGAACUUGACAGGACUCUGACAUUUUUCUGAGCAUGAGAAAGUCAAAAUGUAUUUAACACCUAAGCCUUUUUUCUAGACUCUUUUUGUAUAUUAAAUUUUUGGGGCUCACCAUCACGAGAUCUCCAGUGUUAAAACUUUUGUGUGUUUUCACAUUUGAGCAACUUCAAUGGGUUUUGGGGAUUUUCAUGUAGUUCUUACAUAUCUCUUAUAUAUUAUACCGUAUCUAUAUUGCAAAAUUUUGACUGUCAGCUACAUGUUGGUAAGAUACAAACAAGGUAUUACUGUAACUAAGUUAUUUUUAAAGUUAAAAUAUAUUUUUAUGUGCCUUUGGCUUUUUAUUGCAGAGUCUACAUUUUAUAGAUAAUACAUCAAAUGUCAUUUGACUUGUUUCUGUAGGGGUUCCAUUGUAAGCUGUGGAUGUGUGUGUUUGGGAAAGUGUAUUCAUACUUAGCUUUUUGUUGUUGUUUCGUUUCUUUAUCAUCUGUUAUAUUUCCAACAGCAACCAACAAUGGAUUGGAAAGCAAAAAGGCACAGGUUACUCACAAUGCUUCCACAGAGACUGUGAGCUACACCAUGUAAUGUCUUUUGAAAAUGUGGGUAUUUUAGUACAGUACAUUUUGCAUUACCUAGGUACUUCAUACAACACAAUAAAGAGUAAAUGUUAAAAUAAACUUGCUCCUUUAUAGUAAUAAACAAGAACAUAAGGAUAUUUUCUUCA